AUGUGCGAUACCAAGGACGCCGUUCGUAUCGACUCCGGCCUCAUUGAUGUCAGCAAAACUUUCGGACUGAAUCUCGCUGCUAAAGAUCGUGUAUCCUUUCGCAAGAAGACUGAGUGUACUGUUCUACCGGUAGAAGGAUACUACGAUGUCGUUGAUCUGGAAGAGAGGCCUAUGUGGAAACCCGAUUAUCGAGAGAUCCUGCCAGGAGAACAGGUUGCCGUCUUUUUCUACGGGCCAAGGACACCCCUCGAGACUGGAGAGAGCUACAUAGUACACCUUAUUGCGUCGAAUUCUAGUGGGAACCCAUGGGUGCCUCGAAAGAAGGAAACCAUUGCCCUAUCAAGUUGGAUUCCCAGGAGGGGAAUUGAACCUGUCAACCCCGAAGAAGCGGAAAGCGAUAUCAUCUUGAAGCAGUUCUUUGGUGGUUCCCUCUCUUUCGAAAAGCCGAUCAACGACCCGCUCUAUUCUUCACAUAAAGAAUACGAAAAGGUUGACUUCUCUACUGGCGAGACAUCUAUACGCUAUCAGGCUGAUCAUCCUAGCAAGGCGGUUGCAUGUACCCAGAACGGAUGGCAAAGACGAUUGGUGUACACCAAUGGAAGGUGUACCCAUCCCCUCCAUAUCGAGCAGGAUUUUUCGGAAGCAAACGAGGUGCAGCGGGCGAUAUUAGAGCUGUUGAUCAGGUCAACGUGGUUGCACCCAACCUCGGACGUUUUAUCUUGCAAGGUCAACACAAUGAUAUCUUUGAACGAAUUCACAGUUAAAGACAUACCGGACGACUUCUGGAAACAGGAAGUACUUGGCUGGGAACAAGAGACUUGGGGCGCUUUGCAAGUCAUGGUAUCGCGUCAUGCUAUAGGGCCCGAAGAAGGCGAUCCUUCGGCAGAUGGAUACCGCAUAGAGCCGAAGACUGAGGGCGAGUGGACGCUUUGUGGGGCGCAGAAGAUGAAGAAGACUGGUGGAUUUGUUAACAUCAACGUCUUCGGUCUCUCGUUCAUCAUAGCCUUCUCCGUUCUCGUCGCAAUCAUCGACAUCACACUCCUCAAAUUCCUCGUCUACCUCACUCGCUUCCGCCGCGCACUCGGUCCUCGCAUCGCACGCUGGACACAAGAUGGAGUAUGGCAGCUUCAGCGCCGGGCCUAUGAGGGGGAAGGCCACCGCAAUUGGACUGAUCUGGAAAGCGAAAUUCCGCUCAUGGAGAAGGGUCAUAAGCUCAAGGAUCUACCGAUCAUGUGGCGGCCUGGCAAGAGUCCGAUGAUGGUGCAGACGUCUUCGUUCGCUUCUACGAACUCGAUGGUAUCGGAGCAGCAGUCGGUGAGCGAGUUAGCGGCGGAGGAUGUGGAGACCGCGCCGGUUGUCACUGGGCCGCAGAGGGGCUGGUUUAGCUUCGCGCGACGUUAA